AACACAAUGUGGUACAGACAGUUAGAAGUCAAACCAAAAAUGAAUACCGCCACUUGUGUAUUGCUCGUUGCGUUGGUGAGCUCCGCGCAUUGCAACCCACUGGGUCAGACGACGGUGUGCGAGUCCGCACAGAACGUGCCCGGUGUGCCGCUAGGUGGCGCCACCACUGUAUGCGAGUCCACGCCCAACCUUUACCCGUACUACGGCUGCGGCCUCCCCCUCUAUGGCGGCCUUGGCUGUCCCUACGGUCUGCCUUACCCUGCUCUAGGCUCCGCAACCGUUUGCGAAAGUACCCCUAACAUAGGCCUCGGAGGACUGGGAGGUCUAGGAGGACUGGGAGGUCUAGGAGGACUCAACUUACUAAACCAAUGGGGUAAUUACCCGAUAGGUGGUCUGCCUUUGGGCCUCCCUUGCGGUGUGCCUAAUGUCGGCUCUACAACUGUAUGCGAAAAUGUCCCUAAUCUUUUGAAUUACGGCGCGCUAGGUUAUCCUUACACUGGUUUACCGAUGAUGAACGGUUUAGGGACUUCUACUGUCUGUGAAAGUACACCUAAUAUCGGUUUGAGUCCGUGCGGCAUGCCUCUCGGGGGAUUGCCUCUCGGAGGCCUGCCUCUAGGUGGUUUGCCUCUAGGAGGCCUACCUCUAGGUGGUUUUCCUCUCGGAGGUAUGCCUCUGAAUGGAUUGGGCGUAGGCUUGGGAGCGGCGGGAGUUCCUUUUUUAUAAACAGCCACUCUUCCUACCAUUCGUCGAGCGAUAACACCAACACGCUCGUAGGUUUGUGUGUACAACGACCUUUGGCAUUACAAAGUCAUAAAUUACAAAACCGCGCAGAAUCUCAAUAUAAUCAUUUCAUAGCGAUUCCUAUGUAAUGUCAUAGGAUUGAUAUUUUAAAAUUUAAAAUCAUGAGCAAACAAAAAACCCAAACUAGCAGGUUUCUAAUAUGAACUUUGUCAAAAGCUAUAUCUACUGUUUUAACAUCAAUAAUACCAUGUAGCAAUUAAAUAUGGGAUUUGU